CGGACAACCGCACAGGCAUCGUUCUUCAAUUUGCAAACAUUGAAGAAGCGUCGCCAUGAGAGUUAAGAUAUUGGUUUUCCUGGUCUUUGGUCUUGGAGCUAACUAUGUGUAUGGACAGAAUUGCCCGAUGGAGCGACGCCCAGGAAGAUAUUACGUUCUAGGGCCAGAUACCAGGACAAUUUACAGUAUGACGGAAGAGCAAUGUCGUACAACAUGCCAAAAUGACGCCAAAUGUCCUGCCGCUACCUACCACACAACUAAGCGCGUGUGUUGGUUGCAUGCUAAUGUGCGUACGUUGGCCCACGGAGCCAACUGGGUUGCCUUUAUGAAACCGGAAAGAUGUCAAGAGAGAUGUCAGAUGGAGCGAACCCCAGGGAGAUAUUACGUCCUAGGGCCAGAUACCCGGACAAUUUACAGUAUGACGGAAGAGCAAUGUCGUACAACAUGCCAAAAUGACGCCAAAUGUCCCGCCGCUACCUACCACACAACUAAGCGCGUGUGUUGGUUGCAUGCUAAUGUGCGUACACUGGCCCACGGAGCCAACUGGGUUGCCUUUACGAAGCCGGAGGGUUGUCGAGUCCAAAGAGGAGAAGUCAGCUACGGCAGAUCGGUAGUCAAUAGCCAGGCACUAAAAAUCACCCUGCAGGACAUAGCAAACUUCUUAGGGGCAACUGUUGUCGUACACAGCGGAGUGCGUCAGGGUGCGGAUUACUAUCACUCCGUUGGUCAAGCCGCGGACAUAACCGUAAGUGGCAUCGAUACCAAAACAGUGUGGGACCGUCUCAAAAGUGGAGGUAUCAUGGACAAUGAAUACUUUGUCAUGUACCACGCGCCAGGUCAGAGGUCAUGCUCUUCCGGGACCCAUUUGCAUAUUGCCCGCUGGGAAAUGGAAAACAUGAGCGGCAGAACCACUUGCUGGGUAAUUGAGGGGACGACGCCUGAAAAUACGUGCACGUCGAUGAGCACCUCCAUUUGCCAUUAAAUGCGAGCAUGGCACACGGUAUACUUUAGCG